UCUCCGUGGCUUCCAGAUACGUCAUCAUGCGUAAUCUCUUUGGCUACGAUAUCAACAAGAAGGGUACCCCUGGAGGCACUCUCAGAGCCUGAGUCGUUGGGUAUUGUUGUUGGGAUUGUUUUCUUGGUCUUGGCCAUCUUAUUUCAGUAUUUUAACUUCACAUCAGAUUCAAACUGGCUUGUUGAGUACAAUGCAGCUUUGGCAUCCAUCUACUUCAUGACAUUAAUUGGAUUCGUUGAUGAUGUCCUUGAUAUCCCUUGGAGAGUGAAAUUACUACUGCCAUCAUUUGUUGCUCUUCCUUUGUUGAUGGCCUAUGCUGGGCAUACAACAAUUAUUAUACCAAAGCCUCUUAUUCCAUAUGUUGGACUAGAGAUUCUUGAUCUAGGAUGGAUAUAUAAACUAUAUAUGGGGCUUUUGGCAGUUUUCUGCACAAACUCUAUAAAUAUCCAUGCUGGUUUGAAUGGACUUGAAGUUGGACAAACUGUUGUGAUUGCAUCUGCUAAAAUGACACAUCUUAGCAAUUCGCAAAUUAUGAUACACAAUAUCAUGCAAAUUGGAGCAUCCACAGGUCCUGAGCAAAAGCAGGCCCAUGCAUUCUCAAUUUAUUUAGUUCAACCGUUACUUGCGACAUCAUUGUCUUUACUUUCUUUUAACUGGUACCCUUCUUCAGUUUUUGUUGGAGAUACCUACACCUAUUUUGCUGGGACGACUAUGGCUGUAGUCGGGAUUAUAGGCCAUUUUAGUGAAACACUCCUGAUUUUCUUUGCUCCUCAAGUUUUGAACUUCCUCUUAUCACUCCCCCAGCUUUCUGGGUUGGUUCCAUGUGCACGGCAUCGCCUGCCUAGGUUCGAUUCUAAGAGUGGACUACUGACUGGGACAAAUGAUGGGACACUUGUUAAUUUCACUUUGAGAAUACUUGGAAAGAUGUCCGAAAAGUCACUUUGCACUGUUCUUCUUGUUGUCCAGCAAUGCUUGAGUCGGCCAUUGGCGAUUCCACGCUAUCUUCAAUCGGAUGAGCUGCUGUACCUUCAUGAAUUACCGUAUGGAUGCCCACAAGACAUUGAUAUACAUGUGAUUCAGAGAACAAGUUUUACAUGUAUGGUCAAAUCUUUGCUUCGUUAGGUCUCUUUGAGAAAUUAUCAUGUUAACAAUUAUGACAUCGGAACUCAAUAUUGAAUACAUCUCUUAUAACACUCCAAAUGGUAAAUGCAUAGAAGUUUGAAUGGAAAUGAUGACUUUAAUUCAUAUUUACCAAAAACCGCCCAAAAUUCAUUAGGUUUUUGUAGUGAAUGAAAAUUUAGAUAAAAUAUUAAAACUCGUUAAGAUUGUCUGAUUUGAUUAGUAUUGAUCUUCAACCUAAUUUUAAUUUGGGUUUUUUAAUUUUAAGUAGUUCCUAAUGGACUUGAUCUGAGAAACCAACCUAAGUUUACCCCUACACAUACACACAAUGUACGUAUUCAUAAUAAUGUCACAUCCUGAAUUUAGGCAAAAAGAAAAGAACCACGUUUUCCUCCAAAAGAAUCACAUGCUCAAAUAUAUACUAUUCAAAAUGCCCGUGAAAAUUGCAUGCUCUAAACUCAAAAUAUGUUAAUAGAUUAGAUCGAUGGAAUUUACUUCAAACUAAUUUAAAGGAAAGCCAAAAGAAAAAGAACCAAGUGUCUAAUUGCCUUGACAAGACCACAAGAUGGAUGCUGCCAAUGGUCCGUCAUUUUGACCAUAAAAAAAAUAAAAAAUAAAAAAAACCCUUGUGGGCAAACCCCAACCCCAAGUCUUCCCCGAUGGAUGGUAGUCGUCACAGUCAGGCUGGCCCUCAUUUCUUCAGGACAGACCCUUCAAAGCAUUCCACAGCUUUGCAGUCAAGUCAGCUGAGGCAGUUGCUAGAUGGCUAAGCACAAGAAAAUGAAACAUUGGUAGAAACUUCUUGUACUUGAGGCAUGCUCGACAACUUCUUAGAACUCAUCUUUUAAGUUUCUUACUUCUUGGGAUAUCCAGCUAACACAGCUUGUAUCAGAGCUUGGUUAAAGAAGAGCAGGUUGAAUUUGAGAGAUUAAAGAAAACAAAAUUAUCAUCUUUAGCAACAUUUUAUCAUCUUUGGCAACCUAGUCCACAUCCAUAGCCUGUUCCUUCUCAUGGCUACUGCUAGACCACAGCUUGAUCGUCCGAUCAGUGAAACGGUUGCUAUGGAAUGCCCUUCUGCCAUUGAAAGAAAACAAUAAUUAGACGUCAAAAGCAGAAAAUAAGAUACCAACAAAAAAAUUAGCAUACAUAAUACAACAUUUGAGGUAAGACAUUCAAAAAGUUCCAGACCAUGCUGAUAUAUAUUUGAAUGGUUCAUGUGAACGUGGUUUGUACAGUUGCAUACACCCCCACAUAAAAACUCAUCAAGCAAUUGCAGAUAAUUCAUGUUUCCAUUUGAUUGUGUUUAUCAAAUUAAAAGGCAUAGUUAUUAUGGCACUGCCAGUAAUGAAUUGUAUCAUUUUACAUUUUAACAAAGGCCAGACCAGAAAUGGCUUUCAUACUAGAUUAGCUUAUAUGACAAACACUACUAAUUAUUAGAAGAAGAAAAAACACUACUAAUCAGUUUGUUCUGGGUUUUGUACUUUCUUUAUGCUGAUUUUGUUUUUGUUCUGUUCUUUUCCCUGUAUUUUUGAGUCCCUGCCACCUUCGAUUCUUGUGGGGUUGGGGGAGGUUUGUGGAACUUUUCCAGUUCUGUGCUCCUUUCUUGCCCUUUUGGUUGUGCCUUUGUCACACCAUAUAUGACUGCCUCUUUUGGUGGUCCUCUUUUUUGGUCUUCGUAUCAAGAAAAUAUAGGUCCACGGUAUUUGUUUGCUGCAUUGCCUUUUAAUUUCUGUUUACCUGUUCUGUUAGGGUGGUUUAGGGUCUUUUUGUUUGGGUUUCCCAGCCCUCCUAUGUUGUAAUCUCUUGUUCGUUUUUAUUGUACUUACAAAAAAAAAAAUAUUGUCAA